AGUACGACAAAGCCAGACACUACGGGGAGGGUUCUCUUUUCCGGCUGUCAUACGCGACGCUGUCACUGCAACUAUCGUGUUUAUACUUAACUUUUAAAAUAUAUUAUAUUUUUAUCACUCAGUUACCAAACAGUUAUCAGCAAUAGUGACAAUCAUACUCAUUAAUACAAUCAAUUACAUGAGUUAAAGUAAGAUCAGUGGGUCUACUUGAGUUUACUAAUGCAAGAUGGCUUGGAGAUUCAAGGCUUCCAAGUAUAAAAAUGCGACACCAAUUGUCCCGAAGCCUGAGGCAUGUAUUAGGGACAUUUGCGUGGGUUCAUAUCAAACUUAUGGCAACAAUAUUGCGGCUUCUGCUGCCUUUAUGGCAUUUAAUGUUGAUCAUAAUGGAUCAAGUUUGGCAGUUUUGCCAUUGGAAGAUUGUGGUAGAAAAAGUAAAACAAUGCCAUUACUUCAUGCUCACGCGGACACAGUAACAGACAUGGACUUUUCGCCAUUUCAUGACGGACUACUGGCAACUGGGUCCCAAGAUUGUCUUGUUAAAUUAUGGCACAUUCCAGAAGCGGGUUUAGAAGAAUCGCUGUGCAAUCCCGAGUGCACUUUUUCACACCGUCAAAGACGAGUUGAAGUGGUGCGCUGGCAUCCCACUGCUGAGCAUCUAUUGACAACAGUAUCCUAUACAAAUUUAUCACUGUGGGAUGUUAUUUCCCAGCAAGAAUUAUUCUCAAACAAUGAGCACGCUGAUGUGAUACAGUCUUUGAGCUGGAAGUAUGACGGAAGUCUAUUGGCAACGUCGUGCAAAGACAAACAAGUGCGAAUAAUAGAUCCGCGUGCCAGUAAGUCCAUUGUCCAAAUGUCCUCAAGCCACCAGAGUAUCAAGGACUCAAGGAUCGUCUGGCUGGGCAACGGUGACCGACUCUUGACAACGGGAUUCGACGCCGCUAGACUCAGACAAGUAUUUAUACGCGAUCUCAGGAAUUUAAAUGACCCGGUUAAGACUCUAGAGCUGGACUGCAGCACCGGAAUACUCAUGCCGUUGUUUGAUCCUGACACAAACAUGCUUUUCCUCGCUGGCAAAGGUGACACCACGAUAAUGUACCUCGAGGUCACCGACAAGGAUCCAUUUUUAGUCGAAGGAAUAAGACACAGCGGAGAACAGACCAAGGGAGUCUCUCUAGUUCCCAAGCGGGCUUUGAAUGUUAUGCAAGCUGAAGUCAAUCGAGUGCUGCAGCUCACUUCCAAUAUGGUUAUUCCUAUUAUGUAUCAAGUGCCACGUAAGACAUACAGAGAUUUCCACGGUGACAUAUAUCCUGAUACCGCUGGUUGUCUUGCUCAAAAUACUGCCGAGGCUUGGAUUAAAGGUCACAAUGCUCCAGUUCCUAAAAUAUCUUUAGAUCCAGCGAAACGCGCCAAAGGAGAAGAACCGAUAAUGAUACACAAAGGAAAUCUGUCGUCGCUGAAAGAAACACAACAGGAAAUAAAAAUAGAGAAUGCUAAGGCCGCUAAGAGCCUGCACUCGACGCCGAAAGGUUUUGUACAGUCGUCCAAGAUACAGUCAAUCAUACAGGAGCGGGAGAAGACCGAGAAGAAGGAAAAGGAAGUGGAAAAAGAUCGCGUGAAAGAACGGGAGAAGGAUAAUAAAGAUAAAGAUAAGGAAAAGGAAAAGGAAAGGGAAAAAGAUAAGGAGAAGGAGAAGAAUAAAAAAAUCGAGUAUGAGCCGGAGAGAAUUGAGCAGCAACAACAACCGCCUGUCAAAUCUGAUACGGAUGAAGAUAUAAAAGGGAAGAUACUAAAUGGGCAAUCAGUGCCUCCUAAACCACUGCCGAGAUCUUCUCGCGCAAAUAGUAUUUCUGAGGAAGAGCCCAAACCUGUCGCACGUCCUAGAACUUCGCCGAGUACUGGCUCCGUUGUCACGUCUGUUAAUCCUAAUAUGGUUGGAGGCUACAAGCCAAGACUGGGGCCAAAACCCUUCCAAGCUAAGUCAGGUAGCCAGGAGUUUUCAUUUGACAAGGUGUUUUCAGUUCCGGUAGCACCAAGUACUGAUAGCAAUGGUUACACAACAGCAGAUACGAACGCUUGUUCAGACGCAAAUGUGAUCACAGACUCUGAUAAAUCACCGACUUAUGACAAUGAACGAAUCAAGGAAACGGAGAAUGGGAAGAGUGACUCAAGUAGUUCUAUGGAGGAAGAUGCAAACUCCAGUGACUCGGGUUAUAAACCAAAGACACCUAGUACUGCUGAACGACGUAAACUGUUUGAGACAAAAGUAAAAGAUGAGUCGCCUGAGAGUGAAGAGCAGCCGGGAAGUCUUGAGCGUGGAGGUGCUAACAGAAAUUCAAUUGCUGAAAGACGAAGAUUGUAUGAAAGUCGAUCUGUCUCGGUGACUGAUGGCAAUCUUGCGGAAAAAGCCAUGGGUUCACCAACGGCACUAAGGAGAAGAGACUCAUUCAAAACAAAGAGCGACGUAAUCAAAGAAGAUGACGUUAAAAAAAUAGUACCAAUGUUACGGCAGCAGAGUAUGGAUCCACGUUUAGAAAAACCAGAACCUAUCUCAACACCAACACCCAAAAGAACGUCAACGGUAUUUGGUCGUGUAUCGAAAUUCCGGCAUUUAAAGGGAACGCCGGGUCAUAAAUCGACGCACAUUGAAAACAUUCGUAAUAUUAGUCGACAGAUUUCUGGUGAAUGCGAUGGUUUUCAUGCCAACUCUGACCGUGUAGCCGUGCCGCUAAGUGGUCCGGGAGGUAAAAUUGCAGUAUUGGAGCUGAAAAAAACUGGAAGACUUCCAGAUGGCGUUAUGCCAGCUUUAGUACAUGGUGCAAGUAUUAUGGAUUUCCAGUGGGAUCCAUUCGACAAUCAGAGACUCGCUGUUGCUUGUGACGACGGUAUUAUCAGACUGUGGGAGAUACCGGUCGGUGGAUUAAUUGAACCGACAAACGAACCUAAAUACACCAUUGAAGCGCACUCAGACAAAAUUUAUCUUAUUAAAUUUCAUCCACUGGCUGCAGGUGUCUUAACUUCGGCUUCUUAUGACACGACUGUCAAACUAUGGGAUCUAGAGCCUCUUUCUACGAGUGCAGCCGCCGCUAAAAUCACUCUAACUGGACACACUGAUCAGAUUUUCAGUCUCGCGUGGUCUCCUUGCGGGCAGUAUCUCGCGACAGCAUGCAAAGAUGGUAAACUGAGGGUUUACAAGCCGCGCGCAAGCGAGACGGCCAUCAACGAGGGCAAAGGACCUGUUGGCACACGAGGCGCACGAGUUGUUUGGGCUCUAGACGGGCGUUUUCUCGUCGUCAUUGGCUUUGACAAAGUAUCCGAGCGGCAAAUAAUGAUUUUCAAAGCUGAUAAAUUAAACUCCCCAUUGAAUACUGUAGGAUUGGAUGUAUCACCGGCAAUUUUAAUGCCGUUUUACGACGAAGACAGUUCAACUUUAUUCCUAACAGGACGCGGCGACUCGACAAUCUACACAUUUGAAAUUACUGAAGAGGCUCCCUACUGCUGUCCACUGAGUCACCAUCGCUGUGCUAGUCUUCAUCAGGGACUGUCAUUUCUUCCGAAAAAUAAAUGCGACAUACCAAGUGUCGAAUUCGCUUCAGCACUCAGACUCACGAAUAAUACCAUUGAGCCUUUGAGCUUCACUGUCCCGCGAAUCAAGAGCGAGCUCUUCCAGGACGAUCUCUUCCCACCAACCCGGGUUACUUGGAAUCCUACACUCACUUCUACUGAAUGGUUCAGUGGUGCCAAUAAACAAGCACCGAGGAUAAGUUUAAAACCACCUGGAAUGGACUGCUUAACGGAAAAUCAAGGACAGGGAGUUGUCACAGCACCAAUUUCAGCAAAACAAACCUCACAAUUUUCAGUAUCAUCGCAAUCAUUAACAAGAAUGGGAUGGAACCAAGAUUUAAUAAAAGCGAAACAAGAUGAGAUCCAAAAAAAUAUGAGCAACAUGGUCGGUGACAUGAUUCAGUGUUCACUGGAGCAGGAUCACAUGGAGGGAGUCGACGAGCACGAAUGGGACGAUUAAAGCAAUUUUCAUAAAUUCACCGCUUCAAGAUUAUUUUGAAUGUGCAAAUAAAGCUGCGAUCGUGUGCAAGACACAGCCAUUUGGCUCACCAGAGCUAAGCCAUACAAUUACUUUAUUCAACUUAUGUUAUUUCUCUUGUUUCAUAUUUUCAUAACAAAAGUAUUCAAUACUACGCCAUUGUCUGGAUCAUUAAGUACUAAAUAUUAAAUAAUGCGCCAAUCCACGACGAUUAUUAUUAACUAAUUAAAUAAUUAAUUUUAAUUAACAAAACUGGCUAUUAAUUUUGUGCUAUUUAAUAGAACAUAAAAUUUUUUUUGCCAUAUAUUUAUUUAAAUUGCAAUUAGAGCUCGUGCUACACGUUGUAAAUUUUGUCUUUAAAAAAAGAAAAAAAUCAAUUCCUUAAAAAUAACUGCGAGCUCGACAAUACUAUUUACUCAAUUAAUUAUUAUUAUUGUGCGUUUUUAAAUAGCAACGCGUGAUAGCUCUAGUCUGGAAUGAUUUUUUUUUAAAUUAUUAUUAAUAUUAUUAAUAUUGAUUGUAUUUUUUAAAAGACCAUAUUGUCUAUCGUACGUAAUAUUGAUACUAAAAUUUUAGUAUUAUAAUUACAUUAUUAUAAUUGUAGAUUUAUAUAGAGGCGAGUAGGCGAUUUACUUUUGAGCAAUAAUAUUUCGCCAAAGUAGUCGUAUUUUUUCUUCUUCAUCUUCGUCUUUGUCUAUAUUAAUCUUGUCUUUAAAAUAAAAAAAUUAAAAAAAAAAAAAACAAACAAAAUAAUAAGAAAAUUGAUACUAAAAUUUUUAUACUUUUUAACUAAAAAUUUUUUAAUUAGCAAAGUAAAAAAAAAUAUAAAGGAAAUUCAAUUGGCAAUAAAAAUUGUCAAGUAAAUAUUAUUGAUAAAUAAUAAUACUCAAUUGAUAAGAUAUUUUGUUUUUAAAUAAUUAAACUGAAGAAUAAAUAAAAAAAUAUUCUUCUUAAAACCGAACGCACAUAAGUCAUAAUAUGAAAUGAAUUAUUAUUAUUAUUAUUAUUAAAUCUAUUGAUAUUUAUAUUAAUUAAUGACUAUUAUUAUUAUUAUUAUUAUUAAUUAAGAUAGUGAUGAUAUGCAAUACUUCUUUACACACUACUGUAAUUAAGCAUCCAGUAAUUUUAUUUGUUUUGUGAAGAAAUAAUUGAAAGACAAAAAACCAUAUCGAUUUUUAAGUCUUUAAUAAAAGGAUUGAUCAAGAGACUGUCACUUAAAUAGCAAAUAAAAUAUGAUCAUGUCGAGGAAUUUUUCGUGUCUCUAGACACAGAUUGGCUGGGAAAUAAAUUAUAAUAAUAAUAAUAAUGAUAUGUAACUUAUAGAUACUUAAAGUUAUUUAAAAUGUAAUCCGAUUUAUAAAAUUUUUAUAUACUUUACACUGCUGAUAAUAACAAUUAUUUUUGCGAUCGCGAUACUUUCUUAAUCUCAAUAAUUAAUAUUAAUACAAUUUUUCUACGGUAUAUAUUUUUUUAUUAGUAUGAAUGCAUUAUUUGAAUAAUUAAAUGAAAAAAAUUAUGACAUUUUUAGUGAUGGAUUGUAAUUUUUAUUGGAACACUGUGUGUUGAGAGUAAUGUAAUUUAAAUCUGGUGCUACAAUAUCCUGCAAAUGCUCCGAUUUCAUUUAACAUCCGGACAAUAAUUUUAAUUGUAUAUGUCUGCCGUUAAUUGUCAUCGAGCAUUUAAUGUAACACCUGCUCCAUUUAACCAACGAGGUGCCAAAAACUUAAAUUUUAUAUAAUUUUUCACCUUUUAUAAAGCGACAAUUUUUAUGCAUGACUUAAAUUUUUUAAACAAGGCCUCGAUCAUUCCUAAGAGCAUUCCAUAACAAGUAGAAUAAAUUAAAAUUUAAGAAAAUUUAUACUCAUUUGAUAAUCACAUGAUUAAGAUUAUUAUUAUUUUUGUUAUUAAGGGAAUUGUGGCUUCCUGAUCUACUCAAGUGACAGAAUUUUCUGGAUUCUAUUCUUUCGCAUGAGUGAUUACCUGUGAAUUAAUAAUCCUAAUGUCACAUUAUUUUAUAUACGCCCUGCAAUAUGAUCCUGAAGUUAACAGACAAUUAAUAAUUUUCGGACUUUUUUUUUUAAUCUAUUACAAAAAAAAAUAUGCACAUGUAGAAAAUUUAACAAACUAUAGAUGCAAUUUUUUAAAAUAUUUUUUUUUUAUAAUUUAUCGUUUUUUAAAAAAAUCCAAAAAUUAUUAGACCUCAGCUAACUUCGGUAUCAUAUUUCAAUAUCAUACAUUAAUUGAAUAUAAUCAUAUUAUUAUAGAAACGGUUUUAUCCUGAAUAUAUUUGCUGGGCUCAUCAGUAAAGUUGAUGCAAAUACAGUCGAACUCCAUUAACUCGGACAGUUAGUCUAUGGAGGAGCAGAAAUUCUGACUUAUCGAAUGCCAUUUCUCCUUUAAAGAGUAAACUACACGCAUGUGCUCUUACAUCACAUACAUGAUGAAUAUACAAAUAUACACACACACUUACAAGUGUUUAGCAUCGGGUAAGAGACAGCGUAGCUCGUAGUGAAGGUCAGGAUUGAGGGGAAGUUCCGAGAUAAUGGAAUCCGACUGUAGUGACGGCGAUUUUUUCAUAUGAUUCAGAUAAUUAGAUUAUAUUCAAUUAAUCUAUGGUAUUGCAGUGCGCAUAUAAAAUGAUGCGAUAUUAGGAUUAUUAAUCCACAUGUAAUCACUCAUGCGGAAGAAUAGAACCCAGAAAAUUGUCAAUUGAGUGGAUCAGGAAAGCCGAAAUUCCUCUAGUAACAAAUAUAAAAAAACCUGAUCGUUAAUUAAAUUCAUUAUUAAUAAUUAGUAUUAUUUUUAGAUUAAAUUUUAAAACAUUACUCUGUUGUUUUUGUAACGUUUUUAUGUGAAAUUUUUUAGUUUAUUGUGUAUUUAUAAUAUUAUUUAUUAAUGAAUUGUAAUUGAUGUGUAAUAAUUAUAUAAAAAAUGGACCCGAUUAUUUAUCCGACCAAUUUUACUAGCGGGUCGUAGCCUAAAAGUACCUCGAAACUCAGCACUUAGUGUUGAUACUGGUGAUUUGCCAUGUAGUUGGAUUUUUUUUCAGUAGUGACGUCUCUUUGUAUCUACUUUAUAUCUUACAUGUAUUUCAUCAAUAAGAUAUUUCUACCAAAUAACAUA